CGCGGAAGAAGAAGCAUGAGCGCAUUCCACGUCACUUGAAGUGGAUUUGCGCGAGCGACCUAGGCAUUUUGACACAAGAAUUUGACGCUUUGAGGUGAAUUUCGCCGUUUGUGAUGCCACGAUCGUUUUGGCGUCACGCCCAUACGGACAGUUAACGGAAUAACAGCCGAUGAUCGGAGAAUUUAGCUAAAGAGUGUCUGCUUCCGAUCUUAAUGGGCGAAUCAGGGACACGUCGCUCCACCCUGGUCUCCAGGCUUCCCAUCUUCAGGCGUAGCUCGAGCAAGAGACAGGAAUCGCUUCCUUCCUCGCCUUCCUCCGGUGGUGUCAGCAAUGGCGUCCACACCUCCUCGCCGUCCAGCACCAACUCCAGCUCCAGCAGCACGGGCAAACGCCGCAGUAUCUUUCGCACACCGUCCCUCAGCUUCCACAGCAAGAGGAACAGUGACCCCAUUCAGCUCAACCUGGAUAAUCGAAACCAGGGGUGCGACGCUAUCCUACGUGAAAGUUGCAAUCCGAAGCGGCAUUCGUUCGGAUUCGGUGGGCAUAAGAAAAAGAUCACACGCUCUCAGACGGAAGACCUCGAGAAAGCCUCUGCCAAUCGCAACGUAUUUAUCAACUGCAUCAGCUCAAGGACGAACGAGGGAGAUGAUUCGGGUUUCCUCGAUGAUGUGAGCAGCAAGAGGUCUUCCAAGCAUAAGAAACAACUCCUACCCAAGUCCUUCUCAGCUCACCAGCGGUUUUCAAAGAACUCGUCCGAUGUGCCCGAACAGGCUAAAGUUCAGGAUGAUCCAGAGGAGCCACCUAAAACUGGAACCCCAGGUUCCUGGCCUGGAGAGUUGGUUGAGAGUUCUCUACAAUCACCUAUUAUUUCUGAGGACCGUACCACAGCGAUCACACCCUCUGAUUUUGUACCCAUCACUGAAGACUCUGUAUCAGAAGUGGAUGCUCUGCCUGCCCCCAGCCCUGCGGCUCCCCCAGAAAACGUUAGCCAGGUUGUUUCUACCUCACAGGUCCCCUUAAGCCCAGCCCAUGCCACCACAGAUAAGCCAAUACUGCCAGAUACCAGCAACACAGCCAACACACAGUGCGAAAGCACCACUGCCCAUACAGAACCAGUAACGCUGCAGACUGUCCAAGAGAUUAACACUGAACCGAACCCGGAUCAGUCAGAGGCCAGUGAGAACGAACAAGCUCAAGAACUGAGCGAGGACAGCAGCUCCAAUCUUGUAGGCCGUGAAAGGCGGUCUAGGAAUGCUGUUUUUAUUCAGCAUGCCGGGAAAUCAUCCAUCCAAAGCAAACUCGAGACCAGGCCAAUCCACCUGAGAAAGCCGCACACAGUGUCCAUGUGCAGCAGCGUGAGCCCCUACCAUGAGGUGAUGCGGAUGGAGAGACGUCUAAGGUCGGCCUCUGAGGGGGCCGGAGGUCCCAGACUUCAUCUCAGCCUUAGGGAUCCCCACUGCAUGGAGCCUAACACUUUAUCCAAACAGAGAACCAACUCCUCAUCUUCCAAACUGGGCAGCCUGGAUUUUUUAAAUAAUCUUGGUUCUUCUGAGCUGGAUGAAGAUGACCUAAUGUUGGAUCUUGACCUCUCUGACGACCAGCGACCUCGCCAUGUGUCACGGGAGGACUCCAGUCAAUCCCUUGCAUCAUGCCUAAACCUGCUCCACUCACCACUGGAUGCCCCCAUGGAGCGGACCCCAGGAAAAGAGCCCAGAGAGCCCUCCCACAGGGAACAGCGCCCGAUGUCACUUUGCCUCUCCCGUGAUGACGAACUAUUGGCCGGUUUGGAAGCGUUGCCGUUCAGAUUGAUGCAGCAGGACUGCACGGCAGUGAAGACUCUGCUGCUGCGUCUGCGCAGGACCCUGCAGGAGAGCACUGAGAUCAGUCCUGCAAGCAGCCUUCAUUCUUUACCCAUAAGCCCUUGCAGUGAGAAAUCACUUCCUUUAAAGGAUCCUGGGAGAGAAGAGAACCAGUUUCUGCAACAGCAGCUGAAGGAUAAAGAUGAACUCAUUCUCCGAUUGCAUGCGGAGUUGGAAACUGUUCGUGCUGCUCAGAAAACUCUUUGCCAAAAAGCUGACAAGACCACUCAGACAGAUGUUUUAGUCUCAGAGGCAGUUCAUCCAAGUCGACCGGCAGGCCAAAACAACAACAUUUCCAGCAGCGGCAGCCUCACAAGGGAGCGAUGGGCGAUGCGAGCGCUCGCCGCAGACCAGCACGCGAGACCUGCGGCGGAGAGAGCGAUUGUUUGUGAGGACCAUGCUUGCAGCAGUUUAAUCACGUGCCAAGGUGGGGGAGGUUUGCGGGAUCCGGGACGAAGAGUUGCUGAAGGUGGCCAGACGUCAUCUGAGGUACCCGGGCUGCGGAAGACAGAACACCAGGGGCCAUCUCAGAUCCCUCGUGCGGUAACAGGAAGUAGCAUGAGUUUGCCCAGCAAGGCCAGUCCCUCACGCAGCCUGUCUUCCGACAGCGAGAGGGGGCUUCGCAGCGAGCGAGUGCCUCUGCCUAGGCUUCAGUCCUCCUUCACUGGCCGUCUGGGACAGCCGCCCCGUGGUCCGUUGUCAUUACACAUGUACAGUCGAAAAAACGUCUUUCUACAGCACUCUCUGCAAACGUCCGAACUGCAAGCUCUGGCUCAGCAGGAUGGCUGAGACCACACACACAAAACAUUGACACAUCCCUCAGAUGGAUACAAACUCUACUUAAAUAUUCAACUUUGGUGCAGUUUCUCAGCGAUGUGACCAUGAGUACCUUCAGAUCCACAUUUGUUACACACAUAACUAAUUCUGUUUUUCCUCACUUAGACUUUAAGUAUACACAAGAACUGAUUCAUUUUGAAAUCUUCAUUUAUAUUGUGUCAAAACCAAUCCAUCAUCUGCACUACGUAAGCCUUUUUAAAGAAAUAGAACAUGCUGCUAAGUACUUUAGAUAAAUUUUUGUCAAAAAACAUUACUUAAAAAAAUUAUACAGAGGUACAGUAUGUGCAAAUGAGGAUGUCAAGAUGAAAGAUAGGAAACAAGGGUCCAAAAUUAACACUUAAAAAUUUUUUUUUGGCAAGUAAAUGAAACCAGUUGGCUGAUUUUAUUUGGAACGGUAACAUUACAGUUGGUUUUAAACCAUUUAACUUGUUAAUUUGUGGAAAAUGCUGUGGUCAGCUGCAUAAACACUGCCGCUAAGUUAAGGUUUACAUUCAUGCAUUUGGCAGACGCGUUUAUCCAGUGUAUUGCAAGGUAUUCAGUUUUUUACCAGUACUGUAUGUGUGUUCCUUGGUUUUGAACUCAUUGCCUUUUGCGCUGCUAAUGCAAUGCUCUACCAUUGAGCUAUACAUAAACACUGCAUCUUUGAACUAGUCUGACCAACUAGCAAUUACAGUUGUUAGGGCUAAUCUGUUACAGUGGGUUCACACCAGCCGCGCUUGAUGCGUCAAAAUUGCGUCUACCGCGCCUAGUUUGCCACUUGAACAGUUUGAGUUUACUCGCUUCAUUCCCGCGUGAAAUUCUAGUCAACGAGACAUUCACAAGGAAAUUUCGCGUCAUGGGAGGGGCUUCUGCGGCUCGCUUUCUGUAAUCACGUCACUGCUAGAGCAAGCUCCUGAUUGGUUAACGCAGCACGUUUUUCCGUCAAAGUUCAAAUUUUUCAAUUCGCGUUUGCUAAACGCCUCAUUCGUGCCACAAGACCUCCAGACGCGCGUCAAUGCGUCUUUACAUUGACUUCACAUUGAAAUCACUCGCGCUUAAAGGAAUAGUCUACUCAUUUUCAAUAUUAAACUAUG